CGGGGCCGGCAGGUGGCGCCGCAGCCCCGCUCUGCCGCUCGACCGGCGCCGUCGCGUCCCCGCCCCUCCGCCAUGGCCGACGUGGAGGACGGGGACGAGCCGGGCGCCCCCCUCUCGCACCCGGGCUCCUCAGGCUCCAAGGCGGGCGGACCCGACAAGAUGUUCUCGCUGAAGAAGUGGAACGCCGUGGCCAUGUGGAGCUGGGACGUGGAGUGCGACACCUGCGCCAUUUGCCGGGUGCAGGUCAUGGAUGCCUGUCUUAGAUGUCAAGCUGAAAACAAACAAGAAGAUUGUGUUGUGGUUUGGGGAGAAUGCAAUCAUUCCUUCCACAAUUGCUGCAUGUCCUUGUGGGUGAAACAGAAUAAUCGCUGCCCCCUCUGCCAGCAGGACUGGGUAGUCCAGAGAAUAGGCAAAUAAAAACACUGGAAGUUUUUUUCUGUUGAACUUACUGAAGUAGUGUAUGUCUUAUGCCAUAUACUCAUACAGAAGAGUGGAACCUGUCAAUUAUGGCAUGAUUUAUUUAGUUUGUCUGGUACAAGGAACAGUGUGUUUUUGUUGUGUGCUCUUUGCUGUGCUGGGAGGCAGUGGUCAGUCUUAUUGCAGGUAUUUCCACAACUGAAGAAGGAAAGGCAGUACAUUAAUAAAUGUGUCUGUUAUGAUUUGAAUGUUAACUGUAUCGGAUCAUUGAAAUGUGGUGGUGCAGAUUAUGCCUCAAAUACAGUUUGUUCAAUGUCUCUGUGUAGAACAACAACUUAAUUUGAAAAGGAGACUUCGCUUGUAAGUCUGAUACGCUGUGUAGUUUGCUGUCUGAUAAAGAAGUUAUUUACUUUACAGAUACAUUGUUUUCUAAAUAGUACUGUAUACAGAAACGGUCAGUUGACUUUUUAGGAAGUAUUUUGUUGUUUAAUCUAAAAUGAAUACUGUGUGAAGCACACUAUACUAAACAUUUCUCACUAAGGUUUUCUUUAUGGCUUAAGAAAAUGUUGUUGCAUCUCUUAAGUCUGUUGUAUAAUCUGCACAUGCUUUCUGCAACCAUAGUAUUAAAAAUUUAACCACGUUAAUAUUUUUAAUUUAUAUUUCUGUUAAAGAUCAUGGACACGUGUAUUUUAAUCUAGAGGCUUUCGGUACAAAAACACAUACUUGAAAUCAGCUAACUAGUCGUGUAAACAAUUUCACUGGUUAGCUGUCUAGUAUAGAAUGCAAAAGAAACCGAUCAUUUAAAUGUCCCAAGGCAGGCACUAAUUAAAUCUAGGGAAAAUAUUUACUUGUGGUUUCUUCAAAAUUCAUUUAUAGAAAUUUCUUUAUGAUAGUUUUGUUGGAUAAAAUGUUUUGGGAAGUAGGAGAAAGCAUUGUUUCAUUUUUGUGGAAGUCCUCAGUAUAUCAUCUUCUUUAUAUGAUCAGUCCAGUAAUUUUUCUUGCACAUACUUGUUUGCCUCUGACUUGGUUUGUCUUUAUCCUAAAUAUCUGAAUAGUUACUAUUAAUCUGAACAUAUGGUUCUUUUUAUAUAUAAUAUAUGUAAUAAGUUGGGUUACUGUUUUAAGUCUGUAACAAGUUCAGACUUAAUAAAGUGGCUAAUAAACCUGGAUGGAACUGAAGCAAUAUUAUAUGCAAAUCAUUGUUUACUUCAAAAUGAUUGACUUAAACAUUUAAGAUUAAUAAGUUUCUCAGCAGAUGCAUUUCUAUUUAGUUCUGUUUAUUUUAAGUAUAUUUAAAGAGGUUUAUCUUCGUUGUAUAAAGUAGUUCUAAUGGCAGCGUUUGAUUUUUGUCAUCAAGCCUACAUGCAGAGUUUAUUGUGGUUGUGUUUAGUACUUGUAAUCUUCUUUUUAAAACGUUUUGAAUGUUUUAAAUACAGCUUUUGUCUCGUUACAUGCUGAGAUCACAGAAGCCCUCUGUGUCACUGUUGAAAUGUAUCACGCUGGUUGUUACUAUCCAAGACGAUGUCUGUCUUAAAAUUUAAAUAACAGUAGUAAUGAAGUGCCUAUUGCAA